AUGCCACGUACGGCCCCGCCCACUUGCGGCCCCGACCCCGCCCCGGCCAUGCCCCGUCGCCAGCUGCGGCACACCGGGGGCACGUGCACCGCCCCCCCCCCCCCCCCUUUUUCCGUCACCCGUCGCGGCUCCUUCGGGGGCCGCACGCGGCCCCCUCAGGUCGCCUUGACAGGUGACGGGAGGGGCGACCUGGAAGGGGGGGGCCGGCGUCGCCCCCUCUGCCGCCUGCUUUGGCGCCCGGGGAGACCCAAAAAGAAGAAGAAGAAGAAGAAGAAGAAGAAGAAGAAGAAGAAGAAGAAGAAGAAGAAGAAGAAGAAGAAGAAGAAGAAGAAGAAGAAGAAGAAGAAGAAGAAGAAGAAGAAGAAGGAGAAGAAGAAGAAGAAGAAGAAGAAGAAGAAGAAGAAGAAGAAGAAGAAGAAGAAGAAGAAGAAGAAGAAGAAGAAGAAGAAGAAGAAGAAGAAGAAGAAGAAGAAGAAGAAGAAGAAGAAGAAGAAGAAGAAGAAGAAGAAGAAGGAGAAGAAGAAGAAGAAGAAGAAGAAGAAGAAGAAGAAGAAGAAGAAGAAGAAGAAGAAGAAGAAGAAGAAGAAGAAGAAGAAGAAGAAGAAGAAGAAGAAGAAGAAGAAGAAGAAGAAGAAGAAGAAGAAGAAGAAAAAAGAACCGCCUACUAACCAGAGAAUCAAAGUGUGA